AUGAAGAAUGGGGAAUUUGUCACUAGCUACUGUGCUAAGACUAUGGAGAUAAGCAACAAAAUGCGAUUUCAUGGUGAGAAGAUGGAAGAUGUCACCAUUGUGGAGAAGAUAUUACGUUCCAUGACACCAAUUUCAACUUUAGAGGAUCAAGCUUUUAAGGCUUCUACCUCUACUCAUUUCUCAAACUCUAAAGAAAGGGCUAGAGGUAGAGAUAAAGGUAGAGAAAGGGGAGAUCUAGGCAAUAGAGAUGGCAGCAAGUCUUUCAAGGUCAAUAAUGACCAAUUUCAAGGCUCAACAUUUUAUGACCAGAAGAUGAACUGA